CCAUAAAGAUAAUUGAUAAGACACAGUUGGAUGAAGAGAACCUCAAGAAGAUCUUCAGAGAAGUUCAGAUUAUGAAGAUGCUCUGCCACCCACACAUCAUCAGAUUGUAUCAGGUUAUGGAGACGGAACGGAUGAUUUAUUUGGUGACGGAAUAUGCCAGUGGAGGGGAAAUAUUUGAUCACUUGGUGGCCCAUGGGCGGAUGGCUGAGAAAGAAGCCCGGAAGAAGUUCAAGCAGAUCGUAGCCGCUGUCCAUUUCUGCCACUGCCGAAAUAUUGUCCACAGAGACCUGAAGGCCGAGAAUCUGCUCCUGGACGCAAACCUGAACAUCAAAAUAGCAGAUUUUGGAUUCAGUAACAUCUUCACACCUGGGCAGCUGCUGAAGACCUGGUGUGGGAGUCCCCCUUACGCUGCCCCGGAGCUCUUUGAAGGAAAGGAGUAUGAUGGACCCAAGGUGGACAUUUGGAGCCUUGGCGUCGUGCUCUACGUGCUGGUCUGUGGGGCCCUGCCGUUCGACGGGAGUACGCUGCAGAACCUGCGGGCCAGGGUGCUGAGUGGGAAGUUCCGCAUUCCGUUUUUCAUGUCCACAGAGUGUGAGCACCUGAUCCGCCACAUGCUGGUGCUGGACCCGAGCAGGCGGCUCUCCAUGGAACAGAUCUGCAAACACAAGUGGAUGAAACUUGGUGAGGUGGACGCUGAGUUUGAUGCACUCAUCGCAGAGUGCCAUCAUUUGAAGGUCGAGAGGCAGAUGGAGCCCCUGAACGACGACGUGCUGCUUGCCAUGGCAGAGAUGGGGCUGGAUAAGGAACGUACCCUCCAGUCCUUACAGACAGACGCCUACGAUCACUACAGUGCAAUCUACAGCCUGCUUUGUGACCGCUUGAAGAGACACAAGAACUUGCGCAUCGCUGCCCCCCCCAGCCUCCCACGGACCAUGACCUUCCCUGCCCCAGCUAGCAUCCAGGCAGAGCAAGCAAGCAGCCCAGUGAGCAUCAACGUGCCACAAGUGCAGCUCAUCAACCCCGAGAACCAAGUGGUGGAGGCUGAUGGAACAAUGAACCUGGACAGCGACGAAGGCGAAGAGCCCUCCCCGGAAGCUCUGGUCCGCUACCUCUCCAUGAGACGGCACACGGUUGGGGUGGCUGAUCCUCGAACGGAGGUGAUGGAGGAUCUCCAGAAGCUUCUGCCGGGAUUCCCACGUAUGGCGCCACAGGCCCCGUUCUUGCAAGUGGCUCCCAACGUGAACAUGGCUGCCAACCUGCUUCCCAUGCAACAUCUGCAGCCAACUGGCCAGCUGGAGUACAAGGAGCAGUCCUUGCUGCAGCCUCCAACUCUGCAGUUGCUGAAUGGAAUGGGACCGCUUGGGCGAAGGGCGUCAGACGGAGGAGCCAAUAUCCAGCUGCACGCACAGCAGCUCCUGAAACGUCCUCGGGGUCCUUCUCCACUUGUUACCAUGACACCAGCAGUGCCCGCGGUGACCCCCGUGGAUGAGGAGAGUUCGGAUGGGGAGCCAGACCAGGAAGCCGUGCAGAGAUACUUGGCCAGUCGGUCAAAGAGGCACACUCUGGCCAUGGCCAGCCCCACCGCUGAAAUCCCUCCCGACCUGCAGAGGCAGCUAGGACAGCAGCCCUUCCGCUCCCGGGCAUCACACCUGGCACCCGAACAGCACCGCUAUGUUUACAAGGAUUCCAAUACCCUGCACCUUCCUACGGAGCGGUUCUCUCCAGUCCGCCGUUUCUCAGAUGGGGCUGCCAGCAUCCAGGCAUUCAAGGCCCAGCUGGAGAAGAUGGGCAACCACAGCAGCAUCAAGCAGCUGCAGCAGGAGUGUGAGCAGCUCCAGAAGCUGUACGGGGGGCACAUGGACGAGCAGACCCUGGAGAAGACGCAGCAGCAGCACAUCCUGUACCAGCAGGAGCAGCAUCAGCAGAUCCUUCAGCAGCAGCUCCAGGAUUGUGUCCGUCCUCCUCAGCCCUCUCCGCCACUGCAAGGUCCUGGAGAAAACCAGCCAGCUCUGCUCACCCACCAGCUUCAGAGGCUGAGGAUUCAACCAUCCAGCCCCCCUCCAACCCACCCCAGCAACCACCUCUUCAGGCAGACAGAGAGCAGCCCCCCGCCCACCAGCAGCCCCCUCCUCCAGAGCCACAGUGCCACCUCGCAGUCCCAGUUCCAAGGGAUUCCUUCUCACGGGGCCCUCUUCCAGCAGUCUGGUAGCUGCUCUCCACCCCCCAGCAUGGCCCUUUCCUGCAUGGGCAUGCCGCCACAAGUGCAGGGGCAGCCAGUCACCAUCCAGGUUCAGGAGCCGGGAGACAUGCUUGGGGGUGGCCUCCUGCAAGCCGGGCAGGCCAUGGCCAUCGCUCCUGGUGCCAGCCAGCUCCAGAUGCACCAUCGCGCCAGUUUGAUGGCCUCUCUGACUUACGGGCACAGACCCCUUUCCAAGCAGCUCAGUGCGGACAGUGCAGAGUCACACAGGUAUCCUCCCACUGGCUAUGAGCAGGUACACUUGCAUCCGCACCUGUUUUCGGAGCAGGCACGAGUCUCUCCUAGCAACUAUAACCCGGCCACAACGGUGGGAUUCCCUCCGACGCAGGCCCUGAAGGUUCCGCAGCUGGAGCAGUUCCCCACCUUCCCCCAGAGCGCUCAUCAGCAGCACUAUGCCACAUCAGCACUACAGCAGGCGCUGCUGUCCCCGACCCCACCGGACUACAGCCGGCACCAGCAAGUCCCGCACAUCCUGCGUGGCCUGCUGUCGCCCCGGCAUUCACUCACAGGGCAUGCGGACUUGCGGCUGCCUCAAGCAGAAAUUGCACAGCUCAUCAAGAGGAGGCAGCAGCAGCAGCAGCAGCAAGAGGUUCAAGACCUGAUCCGACACAUGAGCCAAGGGGAUGCUGGGCAUGCGGCUGCCCACGUGCCCCAGAAGCUCUCCGAGCGCCAGUCACUGUCUUUGCCUUAUCAGAACGCUGACACGUACCCCCACCACCAUCAGCACCCCCACCCCAGCCCCCAGCACCUCCUGAAAGUGAGGGCCCACGAAUGUAUCCACCAGUGCGCAGCCUCGGUGCCGGCCCACGGGUAUGCCCCCCAGCCCACCCUGCUCCACUCGGAGAGCAUGGAGGAAGAAGCGGCAGAUGGUGUGUGUGCGGGGGGCAGGGACAGCUUUCCAGAGAAUAAGACCAAAGGCCGCCAUGAGUCUCCGCUGCUCGUGGGCAUCACUGGGCCUGGGGACCCCGAAUCCAUGCUUGGGACUGCUAAGCAGGAGCAGGAGCUGGGGGCCCACAUUUACGGCCACCACUCAGCUGCCGCCUUCGGUCGGAAUAAGGCGCCCUAUAGAGACUCCAUGGUCACAAGUGGCAUGGAAAGAACCUCUCCAGGGGAAGCGGUGGAGAUGCCCGCAGUGGAGGAUGGACCAGGGGCUUAUGCAAGGCUGGUUUCCGGUGCGCCAGCCCGAGCCCGGGCCCUGCAGAGGCACCACACCAUCCAGAACAGCGAUGAUGCCUACGUGCAACUGGACACACUACCAGGCAUGAGCCUCAUGGCAGGGAAGGCCUUGAGCUCUGCCCGCAUGUCGGAUGCCGUGCUCAGCCAGUCGCAGCUCCAUGACAGAGGGAGUGCAGGGGUGUGUACAGCUUUGAAACAAAAAGGUCCAUUUCAAACCAACAGUAUCUUGCAGCAUUGCGCCAAAUGGCCGUAGCGUUUCUUCUGGAUGGAACAUUGACGGCUGCUCCUCUUCCUCCUUGGUUCAACAGUGUGCUUGGUCCUUUGGAUGUUCCUUUUUGCCAUAUCUGUCUGUGAUGCCAGCCAUUCUGGAGUCACCAGCGCGCUCCUCAUCCAUAGGCACGGGGGGCCGUAUGAGCUGAGGGCAGCUGCUCUGUCAGAGGCCCCCUCUAUUAGCAGGCAGUGGGGGCACCUGGGCAGCCUGGGGGUGAAAGUGGAGAAGAGCUCUCUGCCUGCCUGCCAGCCAGCCAGCAAUAAACAGAUGCUUGGGAUGGUGCCUCACUGGGCUCUGCCACUCCCUCCGUGACUGGCGGGCUGGGGCAGAGUGGCCGAGAGCUGAACCUCCAGUCAGAUCCACACCUGCCUUCCUUGGAUUGUUCCCUUCCCUUUCCUCCCACCUCACCCGGCAGUGGUGCAAUAUUGCUUUUGCGUGUCUUUCCUUUGUUAGCUUCCCUAUUUUAAAUUUUGCCAUUGAGCUACAGAGUUUCUCUCCUUCCUUUUUUCCAUACGUCUUUUCCUUUCGGAUCCACAUACUUCAGUUUUAUUGUCUCCGCUUCUUUCACUGUAAUGUUCAGAACCUUUUUCAUUUUUAACUCCGCCACUUCCCAUCCCAAGAUCAUGUAGGAAUUUGUUUGGUAAAUGUUUUAUUAAUAUUAAUAUUAUUAUAAAUUAAUUAAUAAAAGGCAAAAGGAACUUGUGCGUGAGCGAACUCUUCCCCUUGGCCCCAAGCUUUGCGCCUGCUGCCCCCGGAUUGCCCUACCCGCACCAGAGAUGGACACGGGGGCUGCCUUUCCUGGCCUCUCCUCCCUGUCCGGGCAGAACUUGUUUUCUGUGACUGAGGCAGGCUCUGGGAACCCUCCAGCAUCUGGGCCUUUGGGGAGUGUCGUGUCAUCUUUUUUGUCUUUGGGACUUUUGAAAAAACUACAACAGAGAAUUCCUAUUUCUGACACUUUUUGGAAUAAUUUUUUAAAAGAAAAAAAAACCAUCAGUGCAGCCCUCCUAAAUUUGCACAGAAGAAGAAGAAGAAGAAGGUGUGAGACCAGUCUGGCCGAGGUGCUCAGCUGUCGCCAUCUCCCUCGUGGUUUUCCUGCUUCUGGAUGCUGGGAUCGCCCUUUAGCCCCCCCGCCUUUGGGCUGGGACUCCCUGGCCGGUGGAGGGGCAGCGCUGGGUGGAGGGUUGCCACCUGUUCCUCCAGCAGCAAAGGGCCACCAAGUGCCACGAGCCUUCAGCCUCGCUUUGGACUCUCGCUUUGGUUUACAGGACCUUGUGUGUGUACCUGAGAGGCGGCAGCUGCUGCCGCCGCCACCCUCCAGUGACAUCCAAACCAGCUGCACGGGGAGUCGCCUGUUGCGCCCUUUUGCAGCGUCACGCUUUUCUUUUUCUUUGUUUUUUUAACCAUUGCUUUGUAUUGUAGUAAUCAAUACUUGCAGUAUAUGUUGAAUGUAUGAUAUACUUUGCUAUUAUUUCUGUUUUGGGGAAUGUCCAGAGUAUUUUUCUCAUUUAUGUUGGACUAAAAAACAACAAACCAACCCUGCUUCCCACAAAAUCUCCCCUUCCCUCUGAUCUUCAGUAAAUUCUUCAAUUUUUUUUUGUGGGUCAUUUGCAGCUAGUAAUUUAGUUGGACGUGGGAUCAUGACCAAUAAAGCCAUGGUGAUGCUUGGC